UGAAGCGUGUGAAAUUUGUGAAUAUUUAAAUCAUUGCGCUUUGAACAGUGGAACGGUCUAAACGUUUAUUGCGGGUGUUCAAAAAAAUUUAUCAAAUUGAAAAAAAUAUAUAUAUUUAAUAAUAGAAAAUAUAGUGUUCAAUAACUAUAUAUUAUAUAUAUAUAACUAUAUUUUAUGGCAAAAAACAAAAAUAUAAAACAAUAUAAAAAUUAUUGACUUGCAAAAAAAAUAAUUUUUAAAAAACUAAAGUGAAAAUAAUUAGUAAAAAUAUAAUUUCAUCUAUAAAUCAUAUUUAUAAUUUUUAUAAAAGUCUUACAUAAUAUACUACAAAAUGAGCUCACGUUUUAUAGCCGAGGGUGGCACACCAAUCACACCAGAACUGGCAACGGAUCUACGCCAAUUAGUUUUUGGCACCUCAUCCAUUCCCAUGCGUGCUGAGUGGACACAAACCCCGUUCACUUUCGGUGCACCAAAAGAGGAGCUGUCUUAUGGACUACGUUCACCGCGUAAUGCUACACGUGGUCUACUUUCUGUGGUGCAGGGUUUCAUUUUGAAGUAUUUGCUCUUCGCGCGUCGCCGACGCAACAAUCAGGAUCCUUUAAUUUGCACGCAAGAGAUGCAAACGAAUGCGCUGAUAAAUGCGUUGAUCGAAAUUCUGCGCAUCAUAUCGGAUAAGGGCAAAGUGAUAAUGGUUCUGCCAUCGCCGGAUGAGGAGGUAUUCGUGGAGCAUAGUGUGACUUUCUUUCAUGAUUCGAUUACUGAGAAGUUGUAUAUUUUCACAUUAUCACCGCAUGAUGAGCUGGAGUACUUUAUCAAACGUCAUUUGAAACUGUUCACUGAAGAGGAUUCCCCUGGUACUUUACUGUUUCUAUAUAGCGCCGUUCUGACACGUUCGAUGACAAAACUUCGCAAUGAUCUUGACGCGAACACGAAAGCAGUGCCACUGACAAUGACCAACAAUGAAGAGGGCUCUUUGAUGAUUGUGACACUACUUUUGACGGGACGCGCUACGCCUUAUUUGCACAAUGGUGUUGUAAAUGUUGGCGAUGAAAGUACCUAUGCCAUUCCGCAGUAUGGAAUACUAAGUCGUUGCACUAUCGGACUUUUGCUUUGGGAUAAUGAUUGUUCGCAGCCCUCCGUGGUUGCUUCUCGGCAACCCGGUUCACGACUUAAAACACCCAACUAUCCAGUUUGGAUUACCAGCUGCUGUGGGCAUUAUGGUGUGGCGUUCAAUCGAAAUCCGGAACUUUUACGAAAUUAUCACGCAGAGUCGCGGUUCGAUUUGAAUUAUUACAGUUGCUCUGGCCACAAUGUUUUCAUGACUAUCGACAAUCGUGUGUACAACGAACAGGCGACUGGCAUGUUGGAACGACAGGCGACUACCGAAACAAUGACAGCGGGCGUUGGACGUAGAGAUGAUGAAGCUGGCGGCGGUGGUGGUGGUGGUGAUAAUACAGAACUGCUGGUACGUGAAGAAUUGACAAUGAAUACACCGUUACAACGUUUAAUACACACCAAGUGGGAGGAGGCACACAUACGCUUCAAUGUGCAACCAUCCAUGCUGAGCUAUCUGUUUUGCACAACACCAUAAAGGGGGAGUGUUGAACUGCAUAUGCCCAUGCAAAUGCUACAAUUCGCGCGUUUACCAAUAUAACAGGUGCUGCGGGGAGUAAAAAUGUACUAAUAAUGGUGUGUCGAUUUCAUAAAUCGUUUGGACUGCAGUGUAGUGCGCGGAACUGCAGCUGUGCCUUUCAAUGCGUUAUUUAUUUCGUUAUUUAUUUUUGCAACCUACAAAAUGCAUUUGCGCAAGGCGAAAUCUACAAAUAUAACAUUUUUCUGCUAUUGAUAGCUUUAAAAAUACGCGAAUAAAAUAUAUUUCUAUGAAAAAAUGUGCACUUGAAGCUUUGCUCGUAUUAUAAAUAAAUAAAUAUUUGCCGCUGACUAACUUAAGGUCUGAAUUUUUACUAGUGAGCGAAAUAUUUUAAUAUGUUUGAGUGGAUACAAUCUGAUAGCCACUUGUGAAUUUCAAAAAAUCAAUAUUUAAGAAUAUGUUAGAGCGUAUUUAUAUGAAUUUUUUUAACUUAGUGUAAUCGGCUCCAUAAAUUUCAAAGUUUUUGGUUUUUUUACCUGCAAGUUUCUGAGCUUUCUGUGCUUACAAGGUGUAAAUGGUUGAUUGAGAGGUGGAUAGUCGUCAAGAGUCGGCUUCAUAAAGGGAACCAUAUUUGUCAAAGUCAUUGUUGGCUUAUCAUAAAAUAAGAUUUGAAUGCAAUAGAGCGCUUUCAGAUUUUACAUUAGUCAAUGGCCAGAAUACAGUGUAUCUUCUACGAUUUCGUAGUGCUUUGAAACCUUAGCCACUUAGUUAACAUGGUUUUUUUGAGCU